GAUCCUCCACAAUCCCAGGGUGCUCCAGUGAGCCAUGGCGACCGCCGUGGAGAUCCAGUUUGCCCAGCGCUUGGCGUCCAACGAGAAGCGGUUCCGCGACCGGGCGGUCAAGAAGCUCCGUCGGUACCUCAGCGCCCGCUCGCAGCGACCGUCAGAUGUUUUAUUAGGUGGUUUCAGUCAAGAAGAAUUGCUCAAAAUAUGGAAAGGCAUCUUCUACUGCAUGUGGAUGCAAGACAAGCCUCUUCUGCAGGAAGAACUGGCAGACACCAUCUCCCGCCUUGUACAUACCUUCAGGAAUCUGGAUGCCAAGUUUCUGUUCCUGGAGACGUUCUUCCAGACCAUGAACCGUGAGUGGAAUGGGAUCGAUCGGCUGCGCCUGGAUAAAUUCUACACUUUGAUCCGUUUGGUACUGAGGGAGUUUCUUGAGGAACUGAAAAGCACAGGAUGGGAUGAAAGUGUUGUCAGCCGUUUUCUCCGAUGUGUGACAGAUGAAGUGUUGAAUCCCACCAAGAAUGAUGCCCCCUCUGGGGUCCGUUAUCAUUUCAUCGACAUCUACCUACAAGAGCUGGCAAGAGUUGGUACGCAGCAGUUGACUGCAGAACAGAACCUGAAGUUUAUUGAUCCCUUCUGUCAAAUUGCUGCCAAGACCAAAGACCGAGUCUUGUUUCACAUGAUCUCCCAGGGAAUCUUUGAGCUCAUUAUGGACCAGGCACCUUUUGCUAUUGAGGAUUUGAUGAACGAGCUGCAGGCCAGUGAGGAGGAUGACGCAUCGGGCGAGGAACUAAAAUCAAGUCCAGAGAACGAAGAUCCAGCAAAGCCAAAGAUAAAUGGGUCCGCUUCAGGGGAAGAUGCUGAACUGGAUGGAGACAGGAAGAGUCCAAACCAUUCUCAAUACGAUGAAGAUACUGGUCCUGUCCUCCAGUUUGACUACGGGGCUGUUGCUGACCGGCUCUUCCAGCUCUCCAGCAGGGGGAGCACCCCCACCCAGAAUAGGAAACUCCUCUACAAACUGGUGCGAAAGUUCCGGGAUUUGGCUGAAGGAGUCUUCCCUCAAGAUAUCAUUCCUCAUGAUACAUCAUCGGACGAAGAAGAUGAAGAUGAUUUCAGUUGGAAAAAGAAGAAACAAAGACGGGAAAAGGGAUUGUUGGAGGAGGAGGAAGAAGAGGUUAAGAAGAAAGCAGUGAAAGGGAAAAACAAAAAGAAACGGCGUUCCAAAGGGAGACUUCCAGCAGCAACCAGUGAGAGUGAGGAGCCAGCAGGAGAGACUGAGAAGGAAGUAGCUGAUCCCACAGACCAGGAACCCCCGAGAAAAAAGAAGAAAAGAUCGAGACCAGUGGAUACAGCUGUGACCUUAGAGAGUACCUUAUUGAGCAGCGACGCGCCAAGGAUUAAAAGUUCGGGACAGGAGGGUCUAUUUGGGGAAGACCAAGUGAGCCAAUCCAAGUCAGACACAGAACCUUUGAUACCCGUUGUUCCCAAACUAAAGAAGAAGAAGAAGAAGAAGAAAGAGGAGGAGGCCCAACUCUCUAAUGGGAAGAGUUCGCCUGAAGGUUCAACUCCCAGCGAGCUGGUUGUCAGUGAGAAAGCAGGAAGAGUCCUGGUGAAACUAAAAAAGCAAAACAAGAAAGGAGUUGUUGGUGAUGAAGGCCAGGCACCAGUCAGGAACAAGAGAAAGGUGAAGGAGCUGUCUGAGGGGCCUGUCCAGAGACAGAAACUGACGAGCAGUGCCACAGUCCAGGGUGAUGCUAGGCCAAGUGCUCCCAUCAAGACCUUGAACGCAAUGGAAGCGAACGAGUUUGUGAAAUUUGAGAAAGUUUCUAUACCAAAGUCCAUCUUCAAGAGAGCGAGGAGUGCUGCGACUACGCCUAAACCGUGUAAGGAGAUGAAAGCCACGCCAACUUCUAGUGCAAAGAAAGUGCGGUUUGGGCUGAGAAAGAACACAACGGCAGAAUUUAAAAGGACCGACAAGAGCAUUCUGGUGAGCCCGGAGGGGACGUCCCGCGUCGCAUUUGACCCAAAACAACGGCCUCCCCACAGCGUGUUAAAGUCCAACUCAACGCCAACCUGCUCCCCUGCCCUAAGGCCUAAGCGAGCGUCAUUCUCAGCGAAGAAACGGCCCACAGCCAUGGAUUUCUUCUGAGCUCAGCCCACCACCGUUGUGUCUCUACAGGUCUGCUCUGGUUGUCAGCCCAUGUGGAUUCCAGACUCCAUCAUUCAGUCAGUGGUAUGCUCUCUGCCAGCUGGGCUGUGCACUCACCCAAAAUCACCAGCUAGUUCUUGCCCAGGCAGAUACCAGUGGAAUGCCUUCUCCCACUUCCAACCCCCUUCCCACUCUCCUCUCCAGGGAAUGCUGUUGGGUGGCGUAAGGAAAAAUGCUUCCUCUCAGUUACCUACCCUGGUUAAGGUGCAGGUCCUCAAGCCCGCAGCGGUUUGGGUGUUAUAAUAGCUGUUACUAUUCCUGUCAAAUUCGGAGGCCAGGGUCCCACAUUGAGGUACUGUGGAAUGGCUGAAGUGUCACAGGCAUGACCGAGGGAGUGCCACACUUCCACACAGAUGUUAUCGAAGUACUCCGAAAUCUUGGAGAAAUUCAUCCGGAUUGAAAGACCUUGGGAUGUCUGAGAAAUUGAAAUAAGAAUAUUGUCACAACACGGAACUGUUCCAUUUGGCUUAUCCAGACCAGUAAAGGACGAUGCAAAAUCCACAAUACGGUUUUGUCUUUUACCAGGGGAUUUGUCUCAGUCGCCAUCAGGGUCGGUGCCAAUUGGUUCAUCACCAUUUCUCCCCGACAUUGUUAGUGGACGUCCUAUGUUAUACCUCAGUCACUGGGCAAUAAAAGGAAAUCUGGCUGGCUGGUUUCUAAAACUGCUGCUACAUUCUUCUAAGUGUUACGUGCGUGCUUUCCACCCUCCUGCUCAGGAGUAAAUGUGGUUUAUUGAACCACACACCUGGUUACAGGAAUGUACUCACUCCCUGGUCUUCUGUAUUAAUUGUACCCCACAGGGGUUGGUGGGGGGGGACGGGGACCUACAGCCAAAUGACUAAGCGUAAAAUUAAGAUGAGCUUUAUUUGCCAGUUACACAUCGGAAGUUAGAAACAUACAGUGACCUGCCGUUUGCAUCAACAACCAACACACUGCAAGGGUGUGCUGGGGAGAAGCCCAGGAGUGUCGCCAUGCAUCCGGAGCAGCCAGAGGAAAGCCACACUGCCAUGGGGAGACCGUAUAAACUCCUUACAGACAGCAGCAGUCGUUUGCUGGUGCUAUGCUACCGUUCCACAGAGAGGCUUCGGAGGUUCCAUUUAGGACAAAGCACAAUACAGUACAGAUUCUUCAGCCCAUGUUGUUGGGUUGACCUUUUAACCUACUCUUAAGUGUUGGCACGUGGCCAAGUGGUUAAAGCGUUUGUCCAGUGAUCUGAAGGUCGGUAGUUCGAGCCUUGGCUGAGGCAGCGUGUUGUGUCCUUGAGCAAGGCACUUAACCACACAUUGCUCUGCGACGACACUGGUGCCAAACUGUAUGGGUCCUAAUGCCCUUCCCUCGGUGGCAUGGAAAAGGGAGACUUGCAGCAUGGGCAACUGCCAGUCUUCUAUACAACGUUGCCUAGGCCUGUGCCCUGGUUCCAAGGCGCAGAUCCAUGGACUCACGAGACUAACGGAUGCCUUAAAAUCAGUCUGCCCCCUCCCUCCCACAUCGCUUUCUCUUUUUCUGUCAUCCAUCUGCUUAUCUUAAGGGUCUCUUAAAUGUCACUGUCAAAGUAUGUUUAUUGUCAAAUAUAUAUACUUUACACAGCCUUGAGAUUUGUCUUCUUACAGG